ACACGCACCAUGGGCGUAGGACUUCGUCAGGUCGCUACUCCCUGCGGGGCGGAGGCCUGAUGCUGCCGGGAGGGGAGCGGGGCAACUGCCAGUGGACAUGGCGGCGUGCAGCAGCGGGGCUGUGCUCGCUGCCCUGGGAGUGCUUAGUAUUUGUGCGGUCAGCGGCUCUGGGCCCAUGGCUCAGGGGGAGACCGGCGGAGAGGCGGGCUGGGCAGAGCCGUGGGAUGGUGCAGUUUUCCGGCCGCCCUCGGCGCUGGGCGCGGUGGGGGUGGCGCGCAGUCCCGGGCCCUCGCAGCCAGGGAGGGAGGAGGCCGUGGACUUGCCGGUGCUGCUGUGGUGGAGCCCAGGGCUAUUUCCCCACUUCCCGGGCGACUCAGAGCGCAUCGAGUGCGCGCGCGGCGCGUGCGUGGCAUCCCGGGACCGACGGGUGCGAGGGCACUCGCGGACGCGCGCGCUGCUCUUCUACGGCACUGACUUUCGAGCCUCCGAGGCGCCGCUGCCGCGCCUGGCGCAUCAGAAUUGGGCGCUCCUGCACGAGGAGUCGCCCCUCAACAACUUCCUGCUGAGCCACGGGCCGGGCAUCCGCCUCUUCAAUCUUACUGCCACGUUCAGCCGCUAUUCUGACUACCCGUUGCCGCUUCAGUGGCUGCCCGGGACCGCUUAUCUGCGCCGCGCGGCGCCUCCGCUACAGGAGCGCGCUGAGUGGCGCCGACGCGGCUACGCGCCGCUGCUCUAUCUGCAGUCCCACUGCGACGUGCCUGCGGACCGGGACCGCUACGUGCGCGAGCUGAUGCGUUACAUCCCGGUGGACUCCUACGGGAAAUGCCUACAAAAUCGGGAGCUGCCCACUCCGCGGUUACAGGACACAGCCACAGCCACCACCGAGGAUCCAGAGCUCUUGGCCUUCUUGUCUCGCUAUAAGUUCCACUUGGCCCUUGAAAAUGCCAUCUGUGACGACUACAUGACAGAGAAGCUGUGGCGCCCCAUGCAUCUUGGUGCUGUGCCUGUGUAUCGCGGCUCUCCCUCUGUGAGGGACUGGAUGCCCAACAAUCACUCCAUCAUCCUCAUUGAUGACUUUGAGUCACCUCAAAAGCUGGCAGAAUUUAUUGAUUUUCUGGACAAGAACGAUGAGGAAUAUAUGAAAUAUCUGGCAUACAAACAACCUGGGGGCAUCACCAACCAGUUCCUUCUGGAUAGUCUCAAGUAUCGGGAGUGGGGAGUGAAUGAUCCUUUGCUGCCUAACUACCUCAAUGGCUUUGAGUGUUUUGUCUGUGACCAUGAACUGGCUCGGCUGGAGGCCGAGAAAGCACACGCAGCCUCUCCUGGGGACAUCCCUGUCCCUGAGCCUCACAUUGCCCAGCCCUCACACAUGGACUGCCCAGUGCCCACACCUGGAUUUGGCAGUGUGGAAGAGAUUCCUGAGAAUGACAGCUGGAAGGAGAUGUGGCUGCAAGAUUAUUGGCAAGGUCUGGACCAGGGGGAAGCUCUCACUGCCAUGAUCCACAACAAUGAGACAAAGCAGAGGAAAUUUUGGGACUACCUACAUGAGAUCUUCAUGAAAAGGAACCAAAAUCUCUAAUUAUCCUUGCAAGAGCCUUAAAAUUGGUAGAGUUAAGGAGAUGGAAGUCCUUAUUCUACCAUGGGACAUGAGGGGCAUCUGCUGCAUAUCCCUUAACGAACACUGUCUUAUUAUGAGUUCAAGGAAUUCCAGUUAUAUCCACUGAUAUUUUAUCCUAAUGAUGUGUAUCCAGUGUCUCAGUUUGUGGUAGUAGGGCCUCUCCUCAAUGAGAGAUGGAGGCCUCUAGUUCUUGGAUUAAUGGAAAACAGAAGCCUGAAACACCCACUUGUUUUAAAGUGCUGAUUCAACAG